CUUCUACUUGAUAAUUAAUAAUACAAUGUCGAAUGGCUAAAUAGGACGCAAAAAGUAUUAAAGUAAUCGCAAUGAAAAUUCGGUAAGAACCAGUUAGAAAGGAGAACUAACAUUUAAAUGGUUAUGAACAUAUUAUUAUCAGACAGCCCACAUAAGUGGAUAUGAAGCUGACAAUUUUGUAUUAGUAUACUUCAUUCAAGAGAAACAAAAUACUAGUAUCAUAAUGUAAAAAAGACAGAUGCCAUUAAAAAACUUAUAUUUGAU